GUCACCUGACGCGCGCUUUGCCAUUGUUUCCAUUCUAAGUAAAAGAGUCCGCUGGCUCAGUUAGGAAGGCGGCAGGCAUGAUAUGAUGAAUGAAAGGCCCCAGAUGACAUUUUAGAAUAAGGCGAUUGGCCAAUAAUUGUCGGGAGAUGGAUGCGAGCCUCGGCAUGCCCCUCAGCUUUUUUUUUCCCUGGGCACUGUGGGAACAAAAGUGCCCCAAUCCACGAGAUUUUCAUCAAGCCUUUUUUUUUUUUUUUUUAUCACCGAACAAGACCGCGUAUCUUGGUUCGGAUCCGGCAUUUUGACUUCGUCAUGGUUUAUGAUGCCCGCUUCGAAUGUCUCACCAGUUACACGAAACCUCCGCAGAUAGACAAAUUGACAAACGACAAAAAAGACCGCAGCAAGCUCGGCGAUGAUUCCAUCUCGGCGCCAUGGGACGUUGAGGAGGUUCGGUCACCGAGGGCGGAGGGGGUCGUCGAUUGGGAAACGCAUCCAUGGAUCUCGGAUCUUGGAAGGAGGUGGAAGCUCAAGCCACACACACAUCAAAUUACAACGCCGUUGCGGGUUGCAUUGUUAUCAUUGAUCUUCCGGUCUGAUCAAAUGUGGUGCUCCUAUCACCGAGGGGAGGACCCUGCCAGACCUCGGGAUUACCUAUUUUCUCGCAGGAAGGAACAGAAGGAAAAAAAAAAGAACAAGGCGUUUUUGGGGGUGGAAAUGGGGGAACUGGCAUGACCCCCGAUUGCCUCAUUCGUCACCGCCUUUACUGCGGUAGAAGGACCCUGUCAGCUUAUUCAUGUCGAUUGUCACUGGACGGGAAGGGAAGGCUCGCCAGUUACUCGGACCCGGACUCCGGUUCAUGGUCCACCCGCUGCAGGUUUGAUGGACCAUGGUUCUUGCCUUCUGGGACUUCUGGCGUACUUUUUUGUCAUCUUUUUCUUUCCGUUCUCUUCUUUCGGUACCGAGGCGCUAAUGGAGAAAAAA